UGGCCCUGUCUGGACAUUAUAAAUGCUUUGGAGACUGACACCUGAUAGGCUGAGUGGUCUGGGGUCCACAUAGAGAUAUCCUCCAUAUGUUUAUAUCUUUUACCUGUGAAUGCCUCUGGUCCCCUUAAAGGUAGAACUUUCUCCAUAGUUGAGUUCUGAAGGUUUGUACUUCUUAUUAAAGAGUUGAUAAUCCUAGUUCAGUGUUCUUUCAGGUUUACUGGAUUAAUCAAAUGCUUUCCUUACAGCUCUACUAUGAACAACUGGCUGUUGAGGGAGGGGGUUGUACCUAACAUUUCUACCGUUCUAACACAUCUUCCCCUCCUGUUCCCUAUUCCCCAUGCACACAGGGUACAUAACUCUAGUAUGAUAGAUUCGGAGAUUCUGCCUACUUUUUAACCAUGAAGGAGACAGACCGGGAGGCUGUUGCAACAGCAGUCCAGAGGGUUGCUGGGAUGCUUCAGCGUCCGGACCAACUGGAUAAAGUGGAGCAGUAUCGCAGAAGAGAGGCCCGGAAAAAGGCUUCAGUGGAGGCCAGAUUGAAGGCAGCUAUCCAGUCACAGUUAGAUGGGGUGCGCACAGGCCUGAGCCAACUCCACAAUGCAUUGAACGACGUGAAGGACAUCCAGCGGUCCCUGGCCGAUGUCAGCAAGGACUGGAGACAGGGUAUCAACACUAUCGAGAGCCUCAAGAACGUGAAGGAUGCCGUAGUGCGGCACAGCCAGCUUGCUGCCGCUGUGGAGAACCUCAAGAACAUUUUCUCAGUGCCUGAGAUUGUGAGGGAAACCCAGGACCUCAUAGAGCAAGGGGAGCUCCUGCAGGCCCACCGGAAACUAAUGGACUUGGAGUGCUCCCGGGAUGGGCUGAUGUAUGAGCAGUACCGUAUGGACAGUGGGAACACUCGUGACAUGACCCUCAUCCACAGCUACUUUGGGAGCACACAGGGGCUCUCUGACGAGCUGGCCAAGCAGCUGUGGAUGGUGCUGCAGAGGUCGCUGGUCACCGUCCGCCGUGACCCCACCUUGCUGGUGUCAGUUGUGAGGAUCAUUGAAAGAGAAGAAAAGAUUGACAGGCGCAUACUUGACCGAAAAAAGCAGACUAGCUUUGUUCCUCCGGGGAGGCCCAAGAAUUGGAAGGAGAAGAUGUUUGCCAUCUUGGACAGAACCGUAAUUACCAGAAUCGAGGGCACACAGGCAGACACCAGGGAAUCCGACAAGAUGUGGCUCGUUCGCCACCUAGAAAUCAUAAGGAAGUACGUCCUAGAUGACCUCAUCGUUACCAAAAACCUGAUGGUUCAGUGUUUUCCUCCUCAUUAUGAGAUUUUCAGAAAUCUCUUGCGCAUGUACCACCAGGCCCUGACCACACGAAUGCAGGAGCUUGCAUCAGAAGACCUAGAAGCAAAUGAGAUUGUGAGCCUGUUGACUUGGGUCUUAAACACUUACACGAGCACAGAGAUGAUGGGAAAUGUGGAGCUGGCCCCAGAAGUGGAUGUCAGCACCCUGGAGCCUUUGCUUUCUCCAAAUGUGAUCUCUGAGCUGUUGGACACAUACAUGUCAACUCUCACUUCAAACAUCAUUGCCUGGCUGCGGAAAGCUCUAGAAACAGACAAGAAAGACUGGAUAAAAGAGACUGAACCUGAAGCUGACCAAGAUGGGUACUACCAGACGACACUCCCGGCUAUUGUCUUCCAGAUGUUUGAACAGAAUCUUCAAGUUGCUGCUCAGAUAAGUGAAGAUUUGAAAACAAAGGUACUAGUUUUGUGUCUUCAGCAAAUGAAUUCUUUCUUAAGUAGAUACAAAGAUGAAGCCCAGUUGUAUAAAGAGGAGCACCUGAGAAACCGGCAGUACCCACACUGCUAUGUCCAGUACAUGAUUGCCAUCAUCAACAACUGCCAGACCUUCAAAGAAUCUGUAGUCAGUUUAAAGAGGAAGUAUUUAAAAAAUGAAGUGGAAGAAGGUGUGUCUCUGAGCCAACCAAACAUGGAUGGGAUUCUGGAUGCCAUCGCAAAAGAGGGCUGCAGCAGCCUGCUGGAGGAGGUCUUCCUGGACCUGGAGCUACAACUCAGUGAGCUGAUGACAAAAAAGUGGCUGUUGGGAUCGAAUGCUGUAGACAUCAUCUGUGUCACUGUAGAAGACUAUUUCAAUGAUUUUGCAAAAAUUAAAAAGCCGUAUAAAAAGCGGAUGACAGCUGAGGCACACCGACGCGUGGUGGUGGAGUACCUGCGCGCCGUCAUGCAGAAGCGCAUCUCCUUCCGUGGCCCCGAGGAGCGCAAGGAGGGUGCCGAGAGGAUGGUCCGGGAGGCCGAGCAGCUGCGCUUCCUGUUCCGCAAGCUGGCAUCUGGAUUUGGCGAAGACGCAGAUGGGUACUGUGAUACCAUCAUCGCCGUUGCAGAAGUGAUUAAGCUGACAGACCCUUCCCUGCUCUACCUGGAAGUCUCGACUCUGGUCAGCAAAUACCCAGACAUCAGGGAUGACCACAUUGGUGCGCUGCUGGCUUUGCGAGGGGAUGCCAGCCGGGACAUGAAGCAGACCAUCAUUGAGACACUGGAGCAGGGCCCCACGCAAGCGAAUCCAAACUAUGUGCCCAUCUUCAGGGAAAUCAUAGUUCCCAGUCUGAACGUGGCCAAGCUCCUCAAGUAAACUUUCAGUUUCUGACCUAAACGUGGUCCCGUGAUCUUUACCCUGUGUGACACAUCCAGUGACUCAUGGUGCCGAGCGCAAGGCUGCCUGACAGACCAAUGCUCUGGUGUCAUGUUCUGUCCCUCUCAUCUUGCUGUGGACAAGCUUUGUGAGCAGGGUACUGGUUGACUGUUUUGUUCACCUCUCGAUCCUACUCCCUUCUGUAGUGUCAGCACUUCUGAUGCUGUUCAAUAAAAGGAAACGCUGUGGGGAAA